GUGCUAGCUAUGGUGGCCGGUGUUCGGACAAUAGUGGCACGAGUGGAGCGAUGAGCACUACAUCUGGCUCGAGCACUCCAACGACAUCCAGAAGAUCACGUUCCAGUCAUGAUGGAAUGCUCAAAUGUCAGUUUUGUCCGAAAAAAUGGGCUGAUCAGAAUGCGUUGCACACUCACAUGGCAGAUUGCCGUUUGGCACGUGGCCAUGAAUGCUCACAAUGUGGAAAGCGAUUUAAGAGCUCGAAUGGCUUAGAUAAGCGUUUAUCGCUUGUUAAGGCUCGAGGUGGACUCCAACAACAUCUCCGAAUACAUUCGAACGAUCGACCAUAUGCUUGCCAUUUUUGUGCGAAACGAUUCACCCAAAAAAGUCAUGUGGAUCAACAUGAAAGGAUUCAUACUGGUAGGAGUAUACUUCUUUUACAAUAAUA